GCGCGACGCGAUCUGCCGGGGGUUUUGUCUCGAUCAGCCGUAAACAAAACACGCGGUCGACAGUCUCGACGGGUCGAGCCGUUUUUUCAAGUUGGAAAACGUGACGAAUCUUCGUUAAGGGAGAAUACGACACGAAGCUCUCGCUCGUGUUCUUGCGAGGGGCCUCGAAGUGUGUGAAAUUGUCGAUUCAAUAUUUUUUAAAUACGAGCUCUACCAAACACAAAUAAAUAACAGACACACGCGCACACUGAGACGCGCGGGUGGAAUUAACGACGAAAAGGAUACGCGAAUCGGCAGGCGUCCGUUGCUUUUAUUCGCGCUCAUUUAUCCUCGAUGCUUUUGUAAUUAAUCGAGUUUCAAGCGAAAGGCGUGAAUGUACGUCGGUAAGGGUCAACGUGGUUCGCCAGGCACUUAUUUCGCGGAGCCCGGCGCUGGAGAGUUCUGUCUUGCCUGUCAACACACAUCGAUGCUGCAGUUGGGAUGUCGUCGACGAAAUCUCAGUCUGAUCAGCCUGAUCGUUCUGGCGCUGUCGAACAUGCUCCUCACAUUUCUCCUUCUCCAGUCAGAGAACUGCACACCUGAGAAUUUGCCAAAAGAGAUCGAAGCGGUCGUCGUCACAGAGUGGAGUCUCGACUCCGUCGAUCGGGCAAACCGUUUUCGAGGCUCUGACGAUGUGCAAGAACAAUUGCAGAAACCUUGCCCAACGACCGAGAGUUAUUUAUCCACUAAAGACGACGAUACGAUGAGAUUCGACAUUAGGCUCGGUAGAUGGGAUUCGAAACGAUUAUUUCGAACCUUCGAUUCCGUUAUCGUUGGCACCAAUUACCCACAAAUAUCGCGAAGGAGCAAAUCUUGCUUGGCGACGCAAUCGUCGCUCGAGAAACUCCAUUCUCUCGUUCAAGUGGCUCAUCAUUGGACCGGCCCGAUAUCCGUGGCUCUCUACGCUGCCGGGGAAGAGGAAUUCGACGCAUUGCAAUAUUACCUCGUCUAUCUCCGACGCUGUUAUACGCCCAUUCGCGAAAGAGUUAAUUUUUCUCUCGCUGUCCCGAAGAAUCGUGCACCCGAGAGGCAGCCGAGGGCCAUGGAGCUGCUGGAAAACUUUGAUUGUGCCAAACCCGAAGCAACUCUCACAGAAAUCGUCGCCAGAAUAUCGAGCGAACAGAUGAGCUGGCGAGCUCGCAACGUUUAUCCUCAAAAUCACAUGCGAAAUUUAGCCAGAAAAAAUUGCCAAACCGAGUGGAUUUUUUUGACCGACGUUGACAUCGUACCCUGCAUCAAUAUGACUACGAGACUCGAUGAAUUUCUCACCACUGGACCGAACAAUUGUGACAAGUGCGCUUACGUCGUGCCAACUUACGAACUAGAUAUUCGCGUCAGAUUCCCUCCGAAUAAAACCGAACUCGUCAGACUCGCGAAAAAGGGUCUCGCGAGACCCUUUCAUCAGAAGGUUUUCAUCCACAAUCAGUUCGCUACGAAUUUCACCAAGUGGGUAAUGGAUGUGAAUACGGGAGCGAAGGGUCACGAGAACGUGCAAACUGGCAAAAUAUACGUCAGCCACGACGUGACGAAUUUCGAGUUUUUUUACGAACCUUUUUACGUUGCUAAAGACGUCGCUCCGGCCCACGAUGAAAGAUUCAUAGGCUACGGAUACACCAGAAAUACCCAGGUAUACGAAAUGUUCGUAGCAGGCUAUCAGUUCAAAGUCCUUUCGCCGGUAUUCACGGGGCAUUGGGGACUUCAAACGCGGAAGGGACGACCAGCUUGGCGAGAACGUCAAAACAGCGUGAAUAGGAAGCACUUUGAGUCCUUCAGGAGAGAGAUUUUCGCGCGCUACCAAAAAGAACUGCCAAAGUUUAAGAAAGGUACGAACUGAAACGGGGCUGAUGAGGACGAAAUAAAGUGGCGAAGCUAAAAAAAGAGCGGAGAUAUCGGCAUUCGCGAUGUUAACACACCACCUCGAGCUACUAAUACAACCACCACCGUCCAUACUUUCGUCUUUAAGCUUUUGCAUUCAAUAGACACUACUCAAAGGCCGAGAGAAACGAUGAAAUAUACAAAAAAAUAAACAAAUAAAAUGAAGUUCGUCCCGAGAGAGCAGCUCCAGCGAAAAGUCACGAGUUCUCCGUGGCUUUUCCUCAUCCGCAAAGUCCUACUGAAAAGGAGCUUAAAAACGCUGCUUGUUUUCCUCUUCUCUGUUUGUAUGAAAACCCACCAACAGUCAACGCUUCGCUGUGCCUCUCUCAAUACUAUGAUAACCUGAUUCACUUAUCUUAUGUUAUUUAUUCAUAAUGAUGAUGCGCAUAAUACCGUAUUUAUUGAAAAUGUUUGCACAAACAUCAAAUGUGUUUUUUCCUAGUCCACUUUCACGUCCAAACUGUACUUUUCAAUUAGCAUCGUUAUUUUGGCAAAGUAUCAGCGAGUUGUCAUUUACGCAUGACUUUCCACUGACUAGCGAUAGUUUCUGUUUUCAUAAGUUAUCACACCACUGCAACUUUCUUUUCAAGGACACUCUAGUUUUAUAAGAUUUCGUUCAAGUGCUUUGGAAAUUCAAAAAAAUUGAGAAAAACCGAACAUUUCAAUAUUUUUUAAGCUUAAAAUAUACCACUGAAUAACGUUUCAUGGAAACGCCAAUAUUCCGAAUAAUACUCGUUCGAUGCGUUCGCCAUGUCGCUACUGAUAUUCAGUGGAAUCCUCAAUUAAUUCGCAUGGUAAUUGAGUUUACCGAGUUUUAAUUACGUUUUCGAUUCAAGAAUUUCUUUAUUCUUUUCAUCAAUUUUUUCUAACGGUUCUCGAUGGGGGAUACGAUCUUUAUGGACUGCUUCGAAACGAAGAAUUCCUGAUUCAAUAAAACCUGUGAAAUAAAUAUGCACAAUAAACGAUACGUUAAUUAUGAAAUGACGACGAUAAUACCUACUUGAUAUUGUUACAAAGCGUAAUUUGUAAAUGUUCCGGGGAAGCUGAAACACUUUUUAUAGAGCGCGGCUCACUGAAAUAUAUCUAUAUAUACAUAUACGAACAAAGUAUGAGUGUAUUUUGUUAGGCAAUGUGAUCUGUGUACAAUUAUGACUUAAGACCGAUCGAUUCAUAUCGUGUAAAAUCUAUGAGAAUAAAAAAUACAAUGUUUUUUUUUGUUUUUUUUUUUGCACAGAUGGUGUUCAUGGUUGUGCCAUUGAAAAGUUUAUAUCGUUGCGAUGCAACGAUACUCGUGGAGAGUUUUUCAUUGUUCACUCGAAAGAAUGCCAAUAUUUCAUAAAUUUGGAAUGGGAAGCUGAAGCAGUGUGCUCGCUUUAAUAAAUUCGAUCGACUUCUUGUACCCUGCGUUCAUAAAAAUCUCUGUCAGCAGUUGAGUGCUGGUGAAUGAAUCGUUGAUUCCUAAAGAUCUAAGCUUCAACAUGGUCCUUUUUGUUUGUGCACCAGCGCCCCACUGGAAAUAUUUUUCUGACUCUGAAGAAUUGCCAAUUCGUAAUUCGUUCAUUAUUCAGUCCCAUCUUUGCCUGGAAAUGGUUUCGGAGAACGAUGAAAUGAAUCUAAAAUUUCUACGAAUAACAGUUGCGUUCGAAAGUCGGUGAAAAAUUUGGUGAAGUAUUUCCAUUAGGGCACGUCGGCAUUGGAAUAAGUACGUACUUGUACAGAUGAAGAAGAAGGAGCUGCAGGCCUUGCACUUGUGAUGAUGAUAAUAAAACUCGAUGUUGUAUUAAA